AUGAGCAUACAUUUCAAUCAAAGUGCUCUCGUUAUUGUUUGUUUGAUAUGUUUAACUAUUGGAAUUUAUUCUUGGCAAUGGUGGCAAAAAUAUAAUUUAACUACCAAUCAUUUUAUUCAUCCAACACCGAAAACAGACCUAGACGACUUAGAAAAAGCUAUUCUAUUGGAUAAUAAAGAUAUAACUAAAUGUCAACAUUUUGCUCAAGGCAAACAAUUGUUGGUUGCUGAUAGUAACGGUUAUCUGUGUGAACGCCAUCAUUUAGAAAAGACAACCGGCUGCUGUCAAAUACUGUCUCCGUCUACUCGCGGUCCACAUAUCUGUGAUAGUUGUUCAUUGAUUUCACAUUGUUGUACAUCAUUUGAAGAUUGUACAUCUUGUUGUCUUAAAGCUGAUCAUAGAAUUCAUCUUCAAAAUUAUAUUCGUUCUCGAGAUUUAAAAACAAAAUUACUUCUUUCGCAUUUAUCGACACCAUUUGAUGUUUGCUUAUCACGAUGUCGAACACAUAACAUGAUGAACAUUAAUCAUACUAACAAUGAGACUAACCAAAUAAUAAGCAAUUCAAACUAUUUACCAUUUAACAUUUAUUGGCUCGAUUCCAGUUAUCAACAAACAUGUUUACCGGAUAGUCCGUGGCAAAAGAUUCUCGAGCAACUCGAACCAAUUUUAGCGAAUAGAGCAAGUCAACAACUUGACAAUCAGCAACGUCGUCAAAUACUUAUUGAAUUACUUGGCACUCAAUUUCAAUUGAAAUUAUUUUCGUCUCAACCUGAUAUGCCUCACUUAUUGACUCCUCCUUUUAUGUCUGAAGAGCAUCGACGUAAACUUGAAAAUGAAGCAAAAUCAUGGUUACAAAUAGAAACCUUCAAAGCAGCAGUUGAAAUAGGCGCAACUGUAACCGAAGAUAACGAUAUUGAUCAAUUAUCAAAUGGCAUGAGAGAUUUUCUUGAAUAUACAUAUCAAAUAGUAUGUAAAUCAUUUGAAUGUUACUUAAAUGAAAUAAAACAAAGAGAAAUUAUGAAACAAGAACAACAAAAAUUGCAAGAAAUAAAUAACGUAAAAAAUCAAAAUGAAAUAAUUGGUUCUUCAAAAUUUCGACCUAUUCUUCGAGGUUUACAAGCUAAUUCAAAACAAUUACCGAUGAUCAAUGAAUUAAUUUCAACAUCUAAAUCAAUAGCAUUUCACUAUAGUGAUACACUAUCGAGUUCAAUUAUUGCAAUACUUAAACGUGAUCUACGUCGUGUAGUAAUUCUGAAAGAAAAAGUAUUUGGUCAACAAUUACCGAGAGCACUAAGACAAUUGAUUUGGACAGAAUGUUUACUUCGAUUUGAAAAGGAACCUAUUGAUGAUGAUCUUAAUUUCGUUGAAUAUCAAACACGACGAGAUUUUGCUGCAGGUGUAACACGAGGAAAAAAUGAACUUCAGUUGAAACAUCCAUCGUAUACUCCAGUAGCAAAUUUAAUUGAAAACGCUGUUAUAGAAACAUAUAGUAAAACUCUUGCACUACAUCCAUAUCUUGAAGAACAUCAUUUACGACUUACAAUAAAAAUUUUAAAUGUUCUUUAUACAUAUAAAAAAGAAUAUGAAUCGUAUUUUAUAUAUUGGCUGUUACCAUGUCAAUUAUCCUAUGGCGAUGAUGAAAAUAAAAAUGAAUCAAUUUAUGUGAUCGCUAUGCAUCUGAAUUUAUUUAUUCGCCAUUGUUUUCCUACAUGGCCAAAUGUGUUUACCAUUGCGAAUGAUAUUUUGUUGGAUUUAUCUAAAAGUGAUCAAAAUUUUUAUGAACAUUUAAAAGCAAUAUCAACUAUACGCAGAAAUAUUAAUACCCAAGAUUUUACUAAAGAAAUUAUAUCGUUAGAAAGUAAAGAAGCUAGUAGUGCACUACAAUAUAACGAUGAAUCGAUGUCGAAUCCAGUUUUAUUUCUUCGAAAAUGGAUAGGACAAAUGUUUGUUGGUAUACUGAAUUCGAAUGCUGUACUUUAUUUGUGGGAUCAAUUUUUCAUGAUUAAAUGGGAUACAGUUUAUAUUAAACAUGCAGCCAAAGCAAUACUCUAUUUAUUACGAGAUCGUCUGAUGUAUGCAACUGAUUACAAUGACAUGAGAAAAAUGCUUUUAGACGAACCUUGUCUUUUGUAUACGUCGGAUGUUCAAGCAGCUUUUAUUCAUCUUGCGGUUAGAAACGAAGAUCCAAAAUGUAUUCCAGCUAUGAACCAACGUUUCUAUCCAUCGAAAUCAAUCAGUACUAAUCAAUCUGAUUCAAAAAAACAUAAAACAUAUUUAGAAACCAUUGGCAUCAGAAACAUUUCAUUAAAUCUAAUUAUAGUCCCAAAUCUAGAUCCUCAAGAAGAAUUUAAAUAUAAAUCAUUAAUAGUUGAAAUCCAAGUGCAUGACGAUGGCGAAAUUCUAGGAGUUGUUUCAACAAAAUCAGUUCCUGUAACUCAAAAUUCAUCGCCGACCACUCAGAAACUUAAAAUUGACAUACCAAAUGAUAAAUUAAUUGUAUCAAUUCAACAAGUUCGACAUUCAUCUAUACCAACUCGUAUUCAAGCUCUUGUUCUUGUUCAUCAACGAUUGGAUGGUAAUACUCAGAAAACGCUCGGCUUCUGUCGUUUUCCAUUAUAUAUUCCACAGAGAAUCGGUAAUUUGGACACGUGGGAAGUAACAUAUGGACCAAUAAAACGUGCGUUACACCCUGGCACACCACCAUCUGCAAUCGAUACGAUACCUGAUGUACCUAACAUAUUUAUAGUGGAUACAAUCGGUCGAGGUUCGACUAUUUCUCUUGUUGUUUUCGAUCCAAAAGCUGAACAAUAUUCUCAGCUGAAAAACCCAUCACGAUAA